CUGCUCAACUGGGGCCGCUUUGUGCUUGAAGCAACAGCCUCAUCUGUUCAAAAUUUGGAUUCUUGACAUUUCGCGAAGCUUACGUGCCUGAUAUGCAGUUGCUGUUGCUGUUUCGACAUCAAUUUUGCUGCUUUCAUCAAACACGCUGAGCAAGUCGUGGAAAAUCCUCCAAAUCCACUCACCACCACCAGGUACCGCGCUGUACCACAACAGCCAGGGAGCAGACAGCCACUUGAUCGCGCCUGCUGCACCAUGACAAAAUCCUACAACCAGUAAAUACGUCGACACGCAAUUUCCUUGUCUCGUUAGCAUGGCUGCUACCAGUAACGAAUCUUCACGGCAGCGUGACCCCGUCGUUGACGCCAAUCCUGAUCUCACGCGCAAACGCCAGCGUCUAAGUGAGGAGAUUCGUUCGACGACGCCGUCUUCAUCCCACAGUAGCGUUGCGAUCGAAGCUGUCGAUAUCAAGUCUACCUAUUCCACGACAGAUGCCUCCAACCUCAUUGUUGAAGAUGAGAUUGUGAAAAUGGAUCGUUACAGCCACAACUUUUCGAUCCUUGAUGACGCCAAUCUUGCCAAUAACUUGCCAAUUCGACAGAUACAGACCUUGAUCCGCCACAUCGAGGGCAGACAGUCUCUACCACCGGCCAUUUUCGGAAGGUUGUCCUCAUGGAUCAAACAGCACAUCGAUGAGACGAGACACGAGUCCCCAUGGCGAACAGUGUAUUCAGGCGACCAGGAGUUCUUUGGUGGUCUUGGGCAGCUCACUUGCACCAUCCUUUCGUCCGAUGAUCUCUUCACCGAAGAAGAGACUCUCAAAUUUGGCCAAGCUCCACUGGCUGCUCUGGUGACGGAAUUCCUACGCGGAGCUCUCGAAUUGAGCGCACGCAUUGUGGACUUUCUGCCAGACGUGGUUGGAGCUACGAUUGCGAGGCGGGACUCAGGUCAAAUCCGAGGUCAGCAAAAACUGGAUCUUCUGUGGCAUGUUCAGGUCCUCGAUAUUGUACUCAGCGGCCACAACGAUGCGUCUUUGAUCGAUCUGCAGAAUCAAUUCGACAAGCAGCCGGAUCGCCAAUUACAGUUCAUCAGGGCCAAUCUCCGGAAAAACACCCAGACCAUGGACGCACUUCUACAACUGCUACAAAAGCUUUGUCAGUGUCACCGUGAUAUAGCCCUGACGUGGAACGCUAUCGGUGCGAUAUUCAGCAUCACACAAGUUCUGGAUCUGAGCUCGUAUGAGCUGGCCGAUCAAUUCAUGGAAGCAGCGCAUUUGUGCGUCCUUCCAAUCAUUCGACAGAAGCACCCGCGCGCGCUUCCGGAUGGAUUUCAUGAAAGGUUUGUCAAUGCAUCACAGAGCGUCCUCGAAAACCUCUUGUGCACCCGGCCAAAUGAGGUUUGGGAUUUUUACUGUCAUUUCGUGAAAAGCGAUGCGGAUGCUUUGCUACCACAGACAAUACCCAACGAAUCCUGGAACCAGACAUUGCAAAUUAUAUGCCAUGCGCAAAAUGACAUUGCUGUCGAACUGUUGAAAACUUGCUGGGUGUUUCAGGCUCUGAAGUCCUUCAUCUUCAGUGACAUCAUGGAUGUUCGCGGUUGUGGCAUCAGUCAGCUCGGAAAACGUCUGGCUAACAUUCAUCAGACAUAUCAGAAAUCUUUGUACGGGCUGGACCAUCCAAUCUUACAAUUCGCGGCGCGCUUCCUACGGAGCAAUGAAUUCACAAAGUAUAUUUUUGGGCCCAAUUCACAUGCCAACUUGGUCAGCCAUAGCCAAAACAUUUUUGGCUUCCUUGCUGCGAUGCAUGCGUACACCGAUGUCGAUACGGACAUCAUCUGGAAUGCAUGUACGACAAGUGUUGAGGCUGAAUUCGUGAAGGCCUCGUUCGACAUAUUGGUCGAUCUGACUCGCCAUCUUGAAUGGGACCGACUGCUUUAUCUGGCUACCAAAUAUGUCCACACUGCUCCGGAGAAAUUGGGCAAAGAUGCAGUUGAAUCGCUGGAGUUCCUGCUCAAGAAAUUAUCAGCCACUGGAGGUAAUGAGCAAAGCUCACAAGCACACCUGGCAACCGCCUUUCUCAGUAUCGACAUUCUCCGGCAGCAUUAUUCUAGGCACGACUCAAAGAUCUUAUCCCAGCUCUGUCAGAUUGCCAUGGCAGAGUUGACUAGAUUUGCAUACGGCGAUCGUUUCUCGUUGGAUGGCCAAGUUCUCAUCCUGGGGCAAUGUAUCCCGCAUUUGGUAAAGCCCAGCGACUAUGUCUUGUCAAGCGCCAUGGUCGUGGUGCUCUUUCUCAAAAAGGUUCAAAAUCCAAGCAGUUUGCGUGAACUCGCUGGAAAGCCGUUGGUUUCAGAGAUUGCGACGGAAAUGAUACGAUACAUCAAGUGCCAACGUGAUGAGCCCGCAUCACGAUCUCCUACACGCAUGGCCAGUAUAUCACAUCGUAUCGAGGUUGUCCUACGGCUGAUGGCCAUAUCGAAUAUCGAAAUCGACCAGGAAAUUGUGAGGACCUUGUUUGAUCAUUGUUUUGCGGGUUCCGCGGUCGACAUGAUCACUCGUGAUGACGCCUGGAUCCGCUUGCGUGAUUUAACGCUUGACAAGACAACUCCUUAUUUCAGCGCUUUCAUGUUCCGACUUCUUUCCUAUCUCUUCCGUGACGAGAUCCCAAAGAUGGUACCGCAAGACUUUUCAGCUGCUUCAAUGGAGAUGCUUCACCGGAUGCUUGUCGAUAAUGUGCGGUCUGAGCAAAUCCGUCUGGAAUUUGACCACCUGCUUGACUUACCAAUGUGGUCGAAGCUUGUAGAUAUAGCAGAGCUGGCAUGCGAACCCAGGAUUCGCGAAAUUGCUAUCAUGAAUAUGUCGAUGAUACUCUUCGACAUGCCCUACAUGCAAAUCUCUUCGAAAAUCAAUCAAGUACACGUCGAAAGCUGCCACACAAGAUUCAUCCAGGAGCGCAUCGAUCGUCUUCAUAGCUCGUAUGCGCUUAUCGAUUCAAGUCCAGCGGACACGAAACAAUUAGUCCUGCAACAAAUCGACCUACUGUCUGUCAUCCUGAACAAGAGCAAGAUAACAGCUACCGGUCACAAUCAGUCGAAACCACUCGAGAUAUGUUUGGCUGCGGACGCUACGGAAACAAACCUUUCAUACACGCUCGAGCUGUUUGUAGGCCUGGGACCGAAAUAUCAAUCAAUCGCGAUAAAAGCAGCACCCUCGGCAAAAGUGAGUGACCUGGUAGUUGAGCUACCAGCUAUCACCAAUACUGUGGACAAUCGUAUAAUUCUUAGCGGAAGAGAGGUAGACCAGGCGAAUGAGGCAGAUAAGCUUCUCAAGGAUAUCGGGAUACAGCCAUCGAGAAGAGUGGCGGUCUGUCCUAGGUAUAACUUUAACAGCGACAUCAGCUUCACGUAUGGUCAGAUCGGUGUGGUGGAACGUGAGCUUUUGCAGCACUAUGAUCGCCUGGAAAUUUUGCUCCAUGGCCCACCGGCGAUUGCACACAAAGUGUCGCAAUUUUUGAGGAAUCUUCAAUGUCCAAUGCCCGUGAGGCGACGAGUCGUCUCUCCCACAGCCACGAUUGACGAUUUGUUUCCUCAAGAAUGCCCGGCGAAGACCGCCUUGUCGAUUCACAUUCUCGGUGUGCAUUUUCGUGACUUUUGCAAGCUGGGUGUCGUCAACGAUGGAUUCGUUGUACAUACCAUUGGUGUUCUUGUUGCCUUGCUUGUCGACUCUCCACGACUUCCAACGGAAAUACUUCGUUGCCAGGCGCUCUCCUGCCUGAACGAUUUCCUGAAUGAGCAUUUGAAUGACGAUGGAUCUUCCGAUCUGGUCGAAAAUCCGACGGCCUUUGCUGAUGCCAUGAUUGGCAUAUUACUGACGUCGCUCACACCCAGACCAAAUCAAGGUCUUGAUGGCCUUCGAAUGGAAACAGCAAAGCUUUGCUAUAAGGCUUUGUUGGGCGUAUUUGACCGACAGCGGUCCUUUUGGGAAGCUUUCGCCGCAAACGAACUCGCCGUUGACAUCCAUUCGCGAAUUCUACUCAACGACAAUCUUCACCAGAUAGCUGGACAGAUCAUCACCUUCUGUGAUCAGACGACAAACACGGCAAUUCCAGAUUUCUACUUGCACGUGAUGACUUCGAUACUUCCGCAGACACUGAAGCACAGCACAAGAGCUAGAUCCUUCUAUCAAUUUGCACAAGAUCUUCUGUUCCGAGUUGGCGCGCUGAACGUUCGGACAGAUGAGAAAAAGGCGAGAGAUCUUGUCGAUCUCUUGUUGACGCUGGCACUGAAUUACGAGCAUUCGGAAACCGUCGACUUGCCGAUCACCGAUUGCGCUAUGCUCGGAGUGUUGAAAAUACUCCACUCUGCAUUGAAUAUCCUCAAGGCCUUCAAGAGACCAUUGCUCCUGAACAAUAUUUCCGUCAAGGUCUUCCAGACUUUAUUGUUCCCAUUGAAUGCUGGCGAGUACGAUCGGACUCUCCUCCAUCAAGAAUCCCGUAGAUUGGCAUUCGGUAUUGUUGAGAUGACAUGCGAGUCGAGGGACGCCUUUAGUGACCUGUGCUCGGCGAUGUUGGAUGUGCUUCAGCCUUCGAAACGCUACGUCCUCGAAUACAUCUGUUACGCGGAUUGGGCUCGGGAAGCUUCCGCUUGUGCCGGUCUCGACAAUCUUGGAAUGACUUGCUACAUGAAUUCUCUCAUCCAGCAGUUGUACGCCAAUGUACACUUCCGCCAAUUCAUUUUCGAAACGCCGCUCCUUGAUAAGGAGAAACAAGCCUGUCUGGCACAAAUCCAGAUUCUCUUCGCCCGUAUGCAGACUCAAGCAGAUCGUUCCAUCCGACCAAUCGAGUUGGCGCGAACUUUGAACAUCAGAACUGAUAGUCAGGAGGAUGUGCAUGGCUUUUAUGAAGACUUCUUGAGCAGACUGGAGACCGAAAUGCCAGACGCAGCAUCAAAGACGGCCUUGAAUCAAUUUUUCACUGGCCGCUUGUUGUCUCAGAUCAAAGGCGAAUGUGGCCAUGUGUCUACCAGAACCGAACCGUUCGUGGAUCUGCCUGUUUUGGUCAAGAAUAAACCCGGCCUCAAGGAGAGCCUCGACGAGUUUGUACAGGGAGAGCCAAUGGAGGGAGCAAACAAGUAUAAAUGUCUUGCCUGCGAUCCCAUGGGUGAGGGUCGACUUGUGGACGCUAUGAAACGAGCUUGUCCAGAAAUGAUUCCCGACAACCUCACCUUCUGUCUGAAGCGUUUCUCUUUCGAAGCCAUGUUCAACAUGGACGAUAAAGUCAACGACAAAUUCGAAUUCCCACAGACGAUCGAUAUGUCCUCAUAUCAUCACAAGAAGGUAGAGGAUCCUAGCCUUAUCUGCGCCGCUGAUCCGUUCGAGUUGGUCGGUGUCAUUGUGCACCAGGGUACCCUUCAAUUCGGGCAUUACUGGUCAUACACACUUCUACGGAACACUCCUGAGUCGACUUCAAGGGUAUGGGUGAGACUCGAAGACAAAAACGCCCACAUUUGUCCUGACGGCUUCGAAACUGUUCAGCGCGAAUGUACUGGUGGCGAAUGGUUCACGAAUGGCCAAGAGCGCACCGACAAUGCAUAUGUCUUGUUCUACCAAAGAAAAUCUGUCCUGGAGGAAACACUAUCAGUGGUCAAGCCGGCGCGAGAUCCUUCAACGGGUGACCUCCUCCCUGCUAGAAUUAAGCUUCCAGAAGCUUUGGAAUUGACCCUUCGUGAUGAAAAUCGCGAUCACUAUCUAGCAAAUCACGUUGCACAUCUCGAUUUCUCGGUGUUCGCGAGUUGGCUUGUGGAAAACUUGCAUCGCUUCACUGAGAACUCACCGGCCACUUCGGAGUCGGGAGACAGCGAGGGAGAUGUAUCCCCGAAAGAUUCGGCGACCAGUGUAGGGUCUGUGGCUACACAGCUCGAAAUGAGUGUGGCGGGCGUCGUAGUAGCACUUAUACAACGCCUUGCUACUUGCGACAGCGAUCCGCUUAUGAAGCUGCAAUGCAUCACGGACAGGCUAUGCUCGACGAUUGACAAGAAGCCAAGUCUGGCACACCCCUUCCUGGCCCGUAUCCUUCAAGAUGGGAGCUGGACCAGACUCCUCGUAAUCGAUGGCCGAAAUAUUCGUCGUCUCGGACUGGCACACAUAGUGCAACUCUUACUCCUAGCACUUCGCGAAACAGACGAGCUUACUUAUCGUAGCAUGUUUUUGAAGCUUUGCGACCAGCUUGAGGUAAUCUUCGAGGUAAAGCGGGAAAACGCUUUUCAAUUCAAUUGGAACUCUGCCUUUGAGAUGGUCGGAUGGAUGGCGUCGAAAGGCGCCUGGGAGACCGCGCAGAUUCUACGACACAGCUUCUUGCGCUUUGCUCUGGACAUGCUUUACCUCCCGUGGAGUGAACAGCUCCAGGCUGAGGUUCCCUAUGCUUUACAAUUCAUGAAGCGCCGCACGCCUCAGGUGACAUCUUUGUACAGAUUCAUCACCUUUGUUCUGGGCCAACCAUGGAUCCGGAUGCACAACACCGACCACGACGACAGGAAAGUGGUUGAUCUUACGGAUGACGGCACGGCAGUGGUACCGCCCGACCUUGUUAAAUGCCUUCAUGGUGUCUCUACCGCCUGUCCGAUGAGCUUCUGGAUGCGUUCUGCCAUUCUUGCUGACCGCAAUCAUCAGGAGAAUUUCCCUCCAGCCAAGCUCAUGUCGCUCCUCUUGACCUCCGACCAUGUGCCAGAGAUUGUAAAGGCGAGCAUCCCCCGAUCGCUUGAAUUAUACAUCGAUACUGAAGAGGAGAGUCUUAAUCCUGUUCUGUACUUGGUCGAAGAAUUUUGCGCCGCGUGCAACGACGACACGCGCGCAUCUCAAGCUAUGCGACAACUCGUCAAGACAAUUCCGCUGUGGGAACGCUGCGAUGCCGCUUUCGCCAACUUCAUUGUGCGAGUCAACAAUAUCGCUUCACGUGCUGUCGCAGAGAACCUUGGGGUGUGGUACUCGAGCUACAUCGGUCCCAACAGCAAUACCAACAAAUCUGCUAGAAUAUGCAACGAUGUCGCUCAAUGGUUGCGACGCACGUUUUUCGGUGUCACGUCACUGGUCGACGAUGAGUUUGAAGGUACGCGCGUCCGAUUGGCUCGCAAAAUGAUUCGCGAGUUGGUCCCGAAGAUCCAAUAUGCCUACGAACAUGAACAGCCACGCUCACGCUGCGAGCCGGCGAUCACCGUCCUGGAGGGCGUGAGCGAAUACCUUGACCAGCUUCAAUCUUACAUGUCAGCGACCUCGGGCAGGUCCGCGUCAGAGGCGCUGAAGGCGGAAUAUCAAGAGCUGGAUGCUGACGUCGCAGACUUGUGGGGGUUGAAAUCCAUCCUGGGAGAAUGGGAAAUGGACAGUCCCACUCAGUUUGUUACAGUCAAUGACAUCGCUUCGGAGGGUUCAGUAAUCAGCGAAGAAGAUGAGGACAUUGAGCCAUCAGGCUGGAUUGAUGACGAGGAUACUGGUGCUGGAGGUUGAUUCAGAUUGAUUCAUCGCCAGGCACGAAUUUGUUUCCCAUGCAGCGCUCGCGUUCUUGUUGUAUUGAUAACUUUAUUCUUGUUUAAGUAUUAUGGGCGGCUUUGUAUUAUGCCCACGGAAUAGUGGUGAUGAGAGAUGACACGAAUAACGACAGCAU